GGAGCGGCGGCCGAGGCCGCGGCCCCGAGGCGGAAGGGGCGACACCGCCCGGGCGGGAUCUCUUCCCCUCCUUGGAGCGGCAGCCGCCGCCGCCGGGCAUGUCAACACCCGGCCCCGGCGAGGCAGCCUCGUCCCGGGUGAGGGAGGCGGCGGGGAGGGACCCGCUGGCCGCCGACCUGCGGUGCAGCCUGUUCGCCGCCGCGCUGCAGAGCUACAAGCGCGACUCGGCGCUCAGGCCCUUCCCGGGCCGCUACGCGAGCGGCGAGACCAAGGACUUCGAGGGGCUGCUUGCAGAUACCAACGCUCUACCAAGCCUGAAAGAACUUCUGGAGACUGUGCCAAACACAGAGAAGAGAACCUGGGAUUUGUUUAGCUGGAUUUUAUCAUCUAAGGUGUUAGUGAUACAAAGUACUAAGAAACAGGAGUACGAGAAGAUCCAAGAGCUCACGGGGAUGUCUGGGGCUGCAGUUCCUGCUCCGGACUACCUCUUUGAGAUCGUGUAUUGUGAUCAAAUGAACACCAAGUUUGCCGAGACCAAGGGAGAGCGGGACCUCAUCUAUGCCUUCCAUGGGAGCCGCCUUGAGAACUUCCAUUCCAUCCUGCACAACGGCCUGCACUGCCAUCUGAACAGGACAUCCCUGUUUGGGGAAGGUACCUAUCUCACCAGUGACCUGAGCCUGGCUCUGCUUUAUAGCCCACACGGGCUCGGUUGGCAGCGAAGCGCAUUGGGCUCUGUGCUGAGCUGCGUGGCUGUUUGUGAGAUCAUUGACCACCCAGAUGUAAAGUGUCAGGUGAAAAAGAAAGAUUCAGAAGAAAUAGACAGAAAAAGAGCCAGAGUGAAAAACAGUGAAGGAGGUGAUGUGCCGCAGAAAUACUUUGUUGUCACAAACAAUCAGCUUUUACGAGUUAAAUACUUGCUAGUAUAUUCACAGAAACAGCAUAGGAGGCCUUCUAAUCAAUCUUCCUGGUUUUACACACACCGUUUUGCCAUAAUGAUGAUGCUAUACGUCCUGCUGCUCAUCGUGAUAGGGGCCAGCAACUCGCCAACCUUUGUCUACUACUGGCACAGAAUGUUUGACUCGGAGAGAUGAAUUGAUAAACUCUUUUCACCACGUGCCUUAAAAAUAGCCAAUCUGCAACGCACUGCAUCUGCUCCAGAGCUCUGGAAAUAAAGGUGCCUGGAGCUUUCCAGUUCUGUCACCUUAUGGCAUCUUUCUAUUUGUUCUGAUUUCUGUGUUCCUGUGAUUCAUGAGGUUGCCCAGCACAGCUGAAAAGGAUCACAAUGGUGCAGCUGAGCAUGAACUGAUCGUUACGGGUCCAUGGGAAAAAGUUAUUUAAAAUUAAUGAAAACCAAGCGCGGAAGUGCUCAGGUGUAACUGUUUUCUGUGAGGCUGAGGUGUGUUUGCACAAGUUGGGAAUGAGGAUUUUUUCUGUAUGUUGGACAAAGCAACUUGUAGGGAAUGUGAUCAGUUUGUCUUCAGAAACCGAAUGUAGUAAUGUUCAGCAUGUAUCAGUGCAGGUAGGAUCACUUCUAAAACUAACUUGGGCUUUGACCAGGAGUUUUUAUGUUUGAGGAUAACUGUAAGAAAACAACAAGAAAGAAAACAACAACUAAAAUGGAAGUUAAAUGGUUUUUAGUAUUUUUUUUUUCCCUGUAAAACAUCUACAAGGUUUGUGCUCUCAGCCAUGAUGUGUCUUGUCCCUGGUUAGUGGGCAGCUCAGGUGGUGUCAGGCCCUUCAGCACUGAUACUGCAUAAGGCUUAUUCCUGCCAAACUGCUUUCACUUUUAUUUUCUGCACCCAGAGGAGGGAGGGUGAAGGGUUCCACUUGUGCUGCCACCCAACAGGUUUUCUGGGCUUGGGGCUGCCAGGGUUUGAGGUUCUGGUUCAACAUUUUUGCCUGUAUUGAAUUGUUUCCAGCCUCCAUUUACAAACAAAUGGACUAAGUAGCAAUAGCAUGCCAACUAUUUCCUGACAUACUUGUAAGAAGUGGAGUAAAAAGGCAGUAGAGCUGGUGGGGUUGUAUUUUAUGUCUGAACAUUUGUAGUACAGUUAGCUUUAUGUAGACUUCACUUAGUUCUCCACAUGCAGAAUACUCUGUAAAAUAAAUUGUUCACACUAAAUUCUCACAAAGA